UAGUGGCAGUAGACAGUACCUCUACAGGAGAAGUGGCCCUUUGGAAUGCAUGACUCUGUGACAGCUGGGAUGGUGGUAGUGGGGUGUGUGUGUGUGUGUGUGUGUGUGUGUGUUUUGAGGAAUGUUUAGUUAUUGAGCAGCUAGUACAUUGAAAAAAGCUUUCAACAGUGAGGCAGGAGACUUAAGGCCUAGUCCAGGCUCGCCUUGCUCUGUGACCUUGGCAAGUAUGUUGACCUCACUGAACCUCAGUUUCCCCAACUUUAAAGUGGGGCUCAAUAACCCUGCUCCGCCCCUUUCUCAGGGCUGUUGUGAGGACAAUGGGAAACAAUUUAAGAGGAACACAGUACCCUGGGAAGAGGAUCCUUUGGAGAACCAGCAUGAAGGGAGCUGGGUUUGGGGGUGUUGGCUGGGCACUGAGUGUGCUACUCAGCCCUGGGCCAGGUUUUGCUGUGAGGAUACCAAGAGGAAUCACGCUGAGACCAGUCCCCCUGGGAGCCCACACCCUGGUUCAGUGACUUGGAAACCUUUUGAACACAUGCCUCAUUUUGAUAAACAAAGAGCUGCUGCCUUUAAUGUUAACUGAGGUCACUUUCAAGUUUACAGGGUUGUGUUUUUGUUUCCUGUUUUAAGCUUCGCAAAAAUAUCUUUAAAUCACUGAUAAUCCCACCCUUUUCUCCAAGUUUGGGGUGCACUUCCCUACCUCCCUCUGUCCUUGAGAUCUGGUUGGAGGGAUAAGACAUAUCUAGACGAAGGUAACUGAAAAUCCUAGCUGAAACUGAAACUGAAACUCCUAACUGAAACUCAUCACCAUCUGUCCAGUGUCUUGUGUGGCUGGCUGACAUGGUGCUAGGUGCUGGGGCUGAAAGAAGGCAGCUCUGUCCUUAAGGUGCUGGGAGUCGGGGGACAGAGGUGGCAUGACUGACCCUCGUGCAGUGUGAUGAGUGAGGGCCACAUGGUUGUGUCACACGGUGUAAGCCUGGGGUGGAAAGGUCGGGGAAGGCUUCUAGGAGAAGGUGCCCUUGGGAAGGGCCUGAAAGGAGUGUAGGCCAUACUUAAAAGACAGUGGAGGAAGAACACCAAUUCCCAGCAGGGGAACUUGAGCUUGAACAAAACGGGUGAAAGGUGGAGGUUGUGGGAGGUGAGGCUGGGGGUUGGCUAACCCUCGGGUCCCCCGACCCCUCUCUCUCCCCGCUUCUGUCUCCCUAGGGACUGGUGAUUGCAGCUAGAAGUGCCCAUGACCGAGCUGGCGUCCUCCGGGGGCGGGUCCCCUGCGGGGGACGGGGAGGAGGGUCUGGGGGACGAUCGAGGCCUGGUCAUCCACCACCCUGCUGAGGAGCAGCCGUACCGCUGCCCGCUGUGCGGCCAGACCUUCUCGCAGCAGCCCAGCCUGGUGCGGCACCAGAAGGCACACGCCGGGUCGGGCCGCGCGGCUGCCUUCGUGUGCCCCGAGUGCGGCAAGGCCUUCAGCGUCAAGCACAACCUCGAGGUGCACCAGCGCACGCACACCGGAGAGCGCCCCUUCCCCUGCCCCGAGUGCGGCCGCUGCUUCAGCCUCAAGCAGAACCUGCUCACGCACCAGCGUAUCCACAGCGGCGAGAAGCCGCACCAGUGCGCGCAGUGCGGCCGCUGCUUCCGCGAGUCGCGCUUCCUGCUCAACCACCAGCGCACCCACGCGCGCAUGCCCGCGCCCCACCCGCGCCGCCCCGGCGUUUUCGGGGAGCGGCGGCCCUACUUCUGCCCCCGCUGCGGCAAGAGCUUCGCACGCGAGGGCUCGCUCAAGACCCAUCAGCGCAGCCACGGCCACGGGCCCGAGGGCCAGGCGGCCCACUUAGGACGUGUGCUAUGAUGCGCCCGGGCCCUGCUGCCGACUGCUGCUUCCUGCCCCGCACGUGCGUCCCCGACCCCUGGAGAUGGCCCUGGGCCACAGCUCCCUCUCUGGAUGGGAUCCCGGGAGAGGGGCAGCGCUGGCUUGGGCUCUUGAAGGUGUGGGCCGCCGCCAGGCUCCAGCCGCUCCCUUGCGUUCCUCCCUCGGGACCGUCUGGCUGGCUGCGCACAGCUGCUUCGGGCUCCUGCCAUGGUUCUCCUUCUCUGGCCCAUCCGGCCUAGAGCAGAAUGUCAGAGUUGAAAGAGACUUGGAGAGGGCCACUGUCCACAAUCCCCACGCCCAACCUCAGCCCCCAGGCCUCCUGGCUCCUGUACACACUCUCUGCUGUCCUUGAGAUGUCAUUUCACUUCAUGUUUCAGUUUGCUCAUCUAUGCGGAGUGGGCAGGAUCCUAUGACCCGAUAGGUGCAGGACCCAUCUGGACAUGGAGACCAGGAAUGGGGUGCCGUGGGGGCCUGGCUGGCAUUGCACCUGGGCAUGAGGGCACGUCCAGUAAGAAGACAUGCCUCAAGAGGUGCACUGCGGUGACCAGUGGAGGUGUCUGGUUGGAGACUGGAAUUGGAGGCAGAUUCCAAGCUCUGGUGGACAGAUUCCCCAGGCCUGGUGGGAAUCACAGCUGGGGCAGACCUCAUCCUGGCUGCCUGGCCACAGGCCCCCACUGUCUGCCACUGGUGGUAGGAUGAUGCUUGUGUGGAGAGCUGGCUUCUCUGCUCCCACCUGGUCCGCCACUUGGCUAGAGUUCAGAGACAGGAAGUGACUGGUCUAAGCUAACACAGCAAGUUGGUGGCUGACCUGGUUCUAGAGGCAGAACCUUCUGCCAAAUGUGAAUGAAACCUGCAGGCUUCAUUUUCCUUUCUGAGCAGUGCUUCUUAGCACUUUGGAGACACGAAGCCCUUGGAAAAUCUGAUGAAGGUUACGGGCCUUCCCUAGGAAAACAGGUAACUGACAUAGACUCAAAAACCCCAGGCAAUUUCAGGAGCCACUGGACUCCGUGAAUGAAACCCAUCCCUGGACUCCUCAGCCCUGAGGACUUCACCUGCUGCCCUUUCCUUACCUGUCACACAUUCAGCCCCAGUCAAGGCCACUGUACAAGUAGUGCCCCUCCCUCCUUCUGGCCAAGCCUCCUUCCCUUGUUCAGGAAUAAAGAAUUCCGAGGAGGAGACCUUUUUAGUCAGUCCCUUCUCCCAGACCUAAAGAAUGAUGCAUCAGGUUUCUGGAACCUCAUUUCCCUUCGCCAGACAUUGGCAGAGGUCCCUUGGGCUAGAUUUUCUCUUCUGGUUUUGUGUUUCUUGUUUUGCCUGACUGGCCACUGGCUUCCACAAAGGAGCCCUUUGCUCCUGGCCUGGGCUCUGAUUUCACUGUGUGGUCUCAGGGGAAGCUGGACUGCUGUGGACGCUGGUGGGAGUUUGAGUUUGGUCUGAGUCUGCCCCAGGGAGAAAGAAUCCUGCUUCCGCCAACCAAGCCCAGUCAGCGGUGCCUCCCAGCUGGCCAAGUGUUCAACCCAGUGGGCUGGGGAGGAAGAGGAUGAAGGCCUCGCUCCUGGUGCCUGUGGCUCUGGGCAGGGGGAGAGGUCGGUGGAGGAGCUCUCUGUGUGUUCUCUGAGUGUGCAGCAGUGCAGUUGAAGGGAACAGGGCUCAGGCUGGCAGCAGGGGGAGGACUCCUCCCAUCUUCACACCUGAACCAGUCAGCCUGGAAGCCACAAGUUCUCACCUGCUUCCCCAGAAUGAACAUCAGAAAAGACAAAACUGACCAGGGCUGGGAUGGGUUUGGGUCAUGGUGGUUGGAGGGCAGUCUGUGGAUUCCUGCAGUGGAGUCUUGCUGUCUUCAAUGCCAUUUGGAUCAUACAUUCUUACGUCCUACUGUAUGCCUCACCCUGGAAUAGCAGAACGCUCAGGGGGAGAUCCGAGAAUGAGAAGGUGCUCCCAGCCCCAGGAGCUUCCAAUCUGGCUCUGAUCCUUGGCUGACCUAGAGGAAACCUCCACACACACUCCUUCUUUGCUAAUGGUGCAGUUUGUGUCCCCCUCUGCCCAUCACUGUGCUGUGCUCAUUCCUGCCUCUGUGCCUUCCCCUGUAUUGCUCGGACAUGUCCCCUUUCCUCUUCUCUACCCAGCUAAGCCCUUCUGAUCCAUGGGGCCCGGCUUCCCAAACAACCCAGCCCACAUUCAUCCUUCCCUCUCCGAACAGGCCCUGUGUGAGCCCCCGCCCCCAAACUGCGUGCUGUCCCACGGACGUUCCAGUCUCCCGUGUGUGUGUUUUGAGUCCCCAACUAGACAGUGAGCUCCCUGAGGGCAAGGGACUGUCAUUUCCUCUUGAGCCCUACCAGGGUCUAGCACCAAACUGGGCUUCUAACUCUCAGGAAACACUUGUCGACUGCCUCAAGCGCUGGAGCUUGUCGGUGGCUGGUAAUGGGCAGUGCACGUGGGGAGAGGGUAUGUGAAUUAACUCAAGGGUGCCUUUUAUUGGGCUGUGGGCUGGCUCCCCUGGGUCGAAAGUGGAUGUCGGAGGCCUCAGGCUCUUACCUCCUUGGGGCAGUGGGAGCAUCGGGGACCCCUCCCCUCGGCUCUGCAGGAGUGCACAGAAGUGGUUGUCCAGCCUGGAUAUUUCUACAGGUCGCUGACACCUGCGGGAGCUGACUGAGUGAAAUAAAUGUUCUCUCGACAUCA